UCAGUGCAUCAGUAAAACUGAUCUGAAUGCAUUGCAUGGUGCAAUUGCUAUUAUCUUCCUGGUAUGGGCCCUUUGUAUCACUGUAUAAGAGCAGAAGACAGCCUCUCAUUAGUUCACAGAGCGUGAAUGAGCUGUAUCUGCAAUGGGCAUCCUUUGGCUUAUAGCAACUCUGCUACUGGUGCAUUCCUGCUCUCCAGGCGUCUGCAUGCAUCAUGGUAUCGUUGGCGGAAAAGUCUCCAUUCCACAUAGCAGGGCCUAUAUGGUCUACAUUCGCGACUCAGAAACAAAAACAGCAUGUGGCGGUGUUUUGGUAAGAGAGGACUUUGUGAUGACAGCUGCCCACUGCAAUAAUAAUCAUCUCAUGGUGUAUUUGGGGGUCAGCGACACAGACCAUUUACCUCAGGGUGUGGCAGUGCAUCCCAUUCCACAUCCAAAAUUCAAAAACAAGCCAGGUCAUGAUAUCAUGCUUCUAAAGCUCAAAACCCCAGCAACUUUGAACAAGACUGUGAAAACCAUUGCCCUGCCAGAAACUGAGAAUGCAGAAAUCUCAAAGAACUGCUUGGUCAUGGGUUGGGGCUGGCAGAAUUACGAUAAAGAGUCUCCAUCAAGGGUCCUCAAAGAAGUCAAUGUGACUCUCAUUGACUCCAAAAACUGUGGCUCAGCUGACCUCAUCUGCACUGAGGAAUCAAAUGGGCCAUCAUUGGGAGACUCUGGAGGGCCACUUGUUUGUGGAGAUUUUGCUCAGGGCAUUGUAUCUUAUUACAUAAAUGAGUCACAUAACAUCUACCGCUCAAUGUACACUCAUAUUGCCCAUUACCUUCCAUGGAUUCAUCAUGCCAUGAAGACACCUACUCAGCAGCCAAAUGAAACAUGGAAGGGGAAGCUGGAUAAACUCAUUUAAUGUUUGGUUUCAAUUUUGAGCUUCUGCAAUAUCAAAAUAAUGUGCAUGUUUAAAGUAAACUUAUGCAUCACCAUUCUAUUAAAAGUCUAUUAAAAUGCA